ACCAAGAAUCCGGGAAGUGCGGGAUUCCCGUACAAGGGGAUACGAAAUGAAGCUAGCCAAGGCCCGGUCUCCAUUGAUCGUCUGGUCGCACUUUUUCAGCAACAGGGUGGACAACCCGUGGAGCUAACAGAACUGCAGACCGUGCUAGUAUUCAAGACGGCCCUGGAUGAACGGUGGAUGUUAGAACGUAAUGUAGAACUCGGGUUUUUGGACAAAUUUGGAGAAAAUGAGGGGGUUAGAUUGAGAAGACGUGCAGAAUUGGCAAGAGAUUACGAAGAGUUCAAGAAAAAAGACGAAGAAAAAUUCAAGAACCGAUUCGCAGAUAAAAAGAGAGUCACUGAGCCGAAAACCAAGGAAUUAAAUGAAGAAUCACUGAGCUAUCUGAAUGAAUCUUCCACUCCAAGAGCACACGUGCAGAAUGAAAAAUUAGAUGUGUCUCCCGGUCAUCGACAGAAUGAUAACCAGUUUAUCAGAAACUCUGAAGGAGAUGUAUCGAUAUCCGUGCUACAGCCUAAUUCGCUGAAGACAUUCGAGGAGCGAAUAGCACAACUGACAGAAAAAAUCGAUUUAUUAUAUCAGAGUAAAAACACACUUUCUGAUCGCGUAGCAAAACAAUAUGACCCAACGUCCGGCUGCAAAAGUGUCAGCACCACCAAUGAUAACGAACGACAUAAUGGAGUGGAUGAUAUACUGAAUGCUAACCAGCUGAAAUUGUAUGAACAAGAACUGCAUGCACGCCUCAAAAUGAUCAAGGACGCCGAAGAACGUUUGUCUAUGAUUGAAAAGGAAUACCGAGAGACUAAACUAGAUUCAGAAAAAACUUACGACGACAACCCCACUGCAGACACAACCCUAUCCGAGACGAAAAUUAUUAAUUCGCGGGAGAAGGUUCCCAUGUCGAAUAUUGAUUUUAUGCCUGCCGAGCGCUUCAUGACCCCAGAGUCGAAAUAUCUUAAACAAAAGGCUUAUAGAGAGGACCUAGAACGACAGAUAUUAGAAGCAAAGAGUAAGAAAAUGGCAGAGAAAGAGAAGGACGAUGAGGUUAUUGGUCCCAAAGGUUCAGUCGAUGCUAACUAUUUCACUGGCAAGCAACUCAACUCGAGGAAGGAGAUACCAAUCAACCAUGUUUUGUCUUACUCUCAACCACACAAAGGUGAUCAGGAAUAUUUACUAUAUGGCCAGAAUGAUUUGAUCAACUCCAUCUCAAUGCCUCAGAAUUCGUCGGCAAGCUAUAAUUCACAUGGUGACGUAUUUUUCAAACCAGAAAGCACGAACUUUCUCGGGAGCACCAACACGCAACCUAACAGUUCACAAAACUCCAAAAAACUUCAAUAUGCUCAAGAACUGCGCCAACAAAUAGAAGAAGCCCGCAAAAAGAAGGAACUACAAAAAAAGAAGGACGAGGAAUUGGAUCGUAAAAUAGAAAAAGAGUGUGAGAGUUAUGAUCCGUUUGAUACUGGUAGCACAAAGAUUCAUUUAAGACCGAGUUUGAACUCAACAGAGCUCAAUAAUCACAUUGGAGAAGAUAAUUAUGCCAGAGGUGGACAUGGCAUAUUUGGAAGUCCUCUGACUGAUGAGCAAAAGACAAACUUGCAGAAAUAUAAAGAUGACUUAGCACAACAAAUUGCCGAAAAGAAGCGGGCUGCCGAAAUGCAAAGACAAAGGGAGUUGGAGUUAGAACGAAAGGAAACUGAACGCUUGGAAGCAGAACAACUGCGUAUGAAAAAAGAAUAUGAAGAAGAACAGGCACGACUAAAAGCGAAGCAAGAAGAAGCGGAGCGAUUCGCGGAACAGCAACGCAAGGAAGGUGAGAUGAGGAAGAAGGCGAAACUAGAAGAAAUAGAGAAGCUGAAGGCGAAAUCCGUUAGUGAAGAACCUAUAAGGUACUCGAAACAGGAAGAUGAAAAUCAUAAGAAAAAACAUAAACAGAAAAGGCAAACGGAACGCCUAAAAAGCCCAGAAUUACUAAUUGGUCCUGAUCGAUUUUCUAAAACCCGUGAUGUGGGUAAACCGAAAGCAAUAACUGAUCAAGAGAGUAGCCCCAUUAUCAAACAGCUGAACAACUUGCGAACCCAAUUAGAUAUUGAAAAGCAAAAGCUUGAAAACGCAUUACUAAAAACGAGAAACAACAAUGGUAAUGAAGCUUAUGCUAAUACAGAUGAAGCCAGAUGGCGACCGAGGGUUUCCAAGAAAGGAUCAUUUCUAUUUUCAAAAGAUGAACAUCCAAAGGAGAGCAAGAAUAUACAUACGAACAUUACAACUAAAAAUUGGGUUGAAGAAUUGGUGAAAGAAGAAGACCGUGCAUUGAUGGAAAAAAACCAGGCUUCGUACCUCCAAGCACAAGAUGAAUAUCUAACAGAGUUGAAAGAUAGUCUUGCUCUUCUAAGCUUGCAGGAGAUACAGAACGAUGCUAAGCUAAAAGCGAUUUUAAAUGAAAACCAAGAAAAUAGCGUGAGACACAUAUCACGCAACAGCUCGGAAGAUCUGGAUGAAAGACCAUCCAAACUUACUCCUAGAUCUGUGUCUGUAUCAUCAGUGAACUUAGAAGAAAUUGCUGCAAAAAAUGAGCAAAGGCUCAAACGUUUAGAAGCAAUGCAACUCCUGAAUGAUAUUGAUGCCGACCCAGAGGCAGUAUUGCAAAGAUUCAUUGAGAAGCACGACGAAGUCCAACCGAACAAACAUAAGUUCUAUUGCUACUGA